AUGCAGUUGCCAGAAGACGGGUCACUCGGGCCGCUGGUCUCCUCCAUUUCAGAUUUCAGCUUGAGGUUUGAGGAGGUUGUCCUUCGUCUUCUUCCAUCUGGCUCAUUUCUAUUCUUCGUGUCUGCAACUGUCCUGUAUUACCGCCAGCGGCCCGCCCGUAUACGCUACAGCCGAUUACUGUGGAUUAAACUGAUUGUGGCUGUGAUGCUCAUGUUAUUGGAGCUUUCGAGUCUGGUACUGCGAUGCGUGUCUCCGGAACGUACCAGCACUACGUACGGAGCAGCGGCCAUCGAUUUCGCUGCGGCACUAGGAAUCGGCGCUGUUGUCUACGUCGAGCAUCGCCAUGCCAUUAGAACGUCCACUUUACUUGGCUUGUAUCUUGUCUUUGGUGUUCUCAUUGAUAUCGCCAAGAGUCGCUCCUAUCUCAAGCGCGACCUCACGGCUUCUGGCUGCGUCGCUGUUGCCACGGCCACUGCCAGACUUGUGCUUGUUGGCCUUGAGGAGUAA